AGAUCGGGAGCAGGAUCCGCGCUGGUUGCUGUUGCUGCCCCAGCGCUGCGGGUCGCCGCGGGCCCCCGCCACCAUCAUGCUGCCUCUCGGCUUCCUGCUGCUUCUCGCCUGCUUCGGUGCUGCCCGGGGAAACCUUUCCCGCGACGAGAGCCAGCCCACGACGUCAGAUGAGACUGUGGUGGCCGGUGGCACAGUGGUGCUCAAGUGCCAGGUGGAGGAUCCUGAUGACUCCUCGCUGCAGUGGUCCAAUCCUGCCCAGCAAACCCUCUACUUUGGGGAGAAACGAGCCCUGCGAGAUAACAGGAUCCAGCUGGAGAGGUCCACACCCAACGAGCUGACCAUCAGCAUCAGUGAUGUGGUGCUGUCCGAUGAGGGGGAAUACACCUGCUCCAUCUUCACCAUGCCUGUGCGGACUGCAAAGGCCUUGGUCACUGUGCUGGGAAUCCCUCAGAAACCCCAAAUCUCUGGCCAUGAGCAGCCCAUUGAUGAGGAGAAGGUAGCCCGGCUGACCUGCAGGUCCUCUGGCAGCAAGCCCGCAGCCCAGCUCCGGUGGAAGAAGGGCAACAAGGAGCUGAAGGAUGAGGGCACUGAGGUGAUGGAAGACCCCAAUGGAAAGACCUUCACCGUGAGCAGUCGGGUGGAAUUCCGUGUCACCAAGGAGGACAACGAAGCCGAGGUGACCUGCACCGUGGACCACGAGUCCCUGCAGAACUCCGAGAGGUCCACCACGCAGAAGCUGCAGGUCCACUACAAGCCAACGGCGAAGAUCGAGCCACAUCCCCAGUACCCGCGAGAAGGAGAGAAGCUCCAGCUGCAGUGUGACGGGCAGGGCAAUCCCAUCCCCCAGGAGUUCCUGUGGCAGAAGGAGGGCAGCGAUGCUCCGCUGCAGCUGAGCUCCGACAGCGUCCUCAUCUUCCCCUUCCUCAACAAGAGUGACAGUGGCACCUAUGUCUGCACAGCCACCAGCUCCAUGGGCAGCGUCGUGGCCAAGUACAACCUCGAUGUUAGUGAUGCCAGCCCAGUGCCCUCAACCUCCAGCACGUACCAUGCUGUGAUCGGCGGGGUGGUUGCUGUCAUUGUCUUCCUCCUGCUGAGUCUUCUCAUCGUGUUGGGACACUACCUGAUCAGACACAAAGGUAUGUGCAUAAGACACGGGGAGACGGUCACAUCCAGACAUCGGCAAAACCCAGCAGAGGUGAUGUGCACCUACCUGACCCAUGAGGCCAAGGGGUCAGAUGAUGCCCCGGAUGCUGACACGGCCAUCAUCAACGCAGAGGGCGGCCAAGCCGGCGGCGACGACAAGAAGGAAUAUUUCAUUUAGGGGCAUAGGAGAGAGUGAGAAACGGAGCCAUCAGAACCCCGAUGGAAACAGAAAACAGACCACAAAACCACACUCAACCCAACAGAUUUUACUCUCGCGCCCAACAGGGGCGGACAGAUGGACAGAGAAGGAUGUGGCAGGACAGAGAGCGGAGAGCAACCAACCCCAAGACGUGAAGCUUCUACUUGAACUUGUACAAAAUGUUAUUACCACAAACAGCGAGAGCCCCCGGCCCCGUUUGCUUGCUUGCACCUCCAUCCCUGCGACCAAAACACAGACCAACCAGUGAGUGAGCGACUUUCCUUCUGAUCCUUUGGACCUUUGCUUUGGUUUUGUGGCUGCUCUUUGCUUUGGGCCCUUGGUUUUUGGGAUGUUGGGCUGGGGUCGAUGUAGCUCUUUUCUUUGUUUCUCUCCACUUUGGUUUCUUUGACAUCUGAGGAUAAAAUCAGCUCCAGGCUCUGGUGCAAGUGCAGGGCAGCCCCUUCUGUCGUGAAUGUUCCCCUGUGCUUCCCACCCCACUGGGAACUGCCCAUCCCAGUGCUCCCCCCCCAGCCUUGGGAUCGGGAGCCUGGCUGGCAGGAGGGGGGAGCAGGGUGCUGACCUCUCUGCCUCCGAGCUCUUGGCACGUGGCUGGGGUUAAGCAGGGAGGGACCUCGGGGGGGCCCCCUGCUCUGAUUUUAUCCUUGGUGGUUCUUGUUGAACAGUGUCUGUUUGGGAGGAAAGCUGUCCUUGUGUUGGUAGAUGUGUGAAAGGGGUUUGUGAGCUUCCAGGGUGGGAACCGCUGAAGCCCCCAGAGAAGACUGGGAGCUGCCAAGCACUGUGGCUCCCUGGUCCCACCCCAAGGGGAGGGGGGAGGGCAGAGAUUUGGAGGCGAAUGGAGAGGGGAGAAAAAACAAAACAAAACAAAACAAAAAAAAGCCCCGACUUGACAAAUUCUCAGAUUGGAAACAUUUAUUUCAACCAUCUAUUGAGAUGUUCAGUGCAGGAGGCCACCUGGGCUGGGAGCACUGGACAGAGCUGGGAGAGCUGAUAGUCCCGCAGCCAUCUCCACUUCCCUUCUUGCCUGGCUGGUUCUGGGGCCUCCAGAGCCUCUGGAAAAGGUAGUUUAGAGCCUGAAGGUGGCUUCAGUCAGAGCUGAUGCAGUUCAGUUAAUGGCACCAUGGAAGCCGAGCUGGAGACAACCUGGUCCUUAGCAUGGGCACCCUGGAGCAGCACGAGGCCUGGGAUUUCUCUGGCUGAGGAGAUGUGCAGAGAAGGGCUCCACCAGGGUCUGCUUCUUGGACUUGUCUCUUCCCCCAUCCCUCCUGGCCCCAUCCCAGGGCAGGUGUGAGCUUGGAACAGGCUAUUUCUUUCUUGGAUCUAAGGGUUGCAGCCAGCAGUGGCCAGUAUGGCCAUGUUCAGUGUCUGGGGAGUUUGGUGGUCUCCAAAAAGCUUUGCAGGGACUUGCCCUACCUUCUGCCUGUUUCACUGUCUCUUCCAAUAUGGAAACAAGAAGCCUUCCCACCUCUCUGGCAUGUCCUCAGGAUUCACUUGCUGACCACACUUCCCCCCUCUCCCCGGGAACCAAGUCCCAUCUCACCCUUGGGAUGAGGUUUUCUAGCUUCCUAGGAUCUUGGUCUAGACACAAGGAGCCUGCAGCAGCUGGCCUUUGGCUGGGCACAUCUUCAAUUUUUGUUGGAGAAGGAGAGCCCUUGGAGAAUGAACAAAAGCCACGGACCUCACCUUGGAGGUAGAGGAAGAGUUUGUGCCCUCUUCUGUGGGAUGGGGUGGCCAUGGGGCAGGUAGUGAUGCUCCCAUCCAGACUUUGCAAGCACAUGGAACAAGGAGAACACCAUUGUGGAGCUGGAAAGGGAGCAUCUGGGACUAAGCAGAUGAGGAGGAAGAGGCAGAGCUUGGGUGGCAGGCCCAGGGAGGGGAGAAAGUGAUGAGUUUGUGGCACGUGCACAGGGGUGGACCCAAGUUGCAUGUUGGGGUGUGAGCACCUUGAGACAGAAGUACCCAAAGCUUUUGUUGUACAUGGUGAAGAAAACCCCUGGCUUUCUCCAUGUGAUCCCUCCCUUCCCAUCUCUUUUAUGGAGGAGGUGGGCCUGGAGUUCCAACAAGAACUGGAAGCCCGUUUUGGGCCACGCAGCUGUUGCUGCCAGAGGUACAGUGCAGGUACUGAUGCUGUUACCUCCUCAGCAGCACUCUGAGCACGUGUGAGUGUGCAGCCUUAUGCUUUGCUUGAAGAUCUCUGGCAUCCACUGCUGAACAGAUGGAAUUUCUUCGAAUAAAAAUGCAAGGAUAUAUUUUCAAGUACUAUUUAAUGUCAUUGUAAGUCUACAUGCUGUAGAUGGCUCCAGAGAAAGCCCCAGUCUGGGAGGGAGGGAGGGUUAAUUAGUCCCUAGGGAAAAGGAAGUGGGAGCUGAGGUCUGACAGGGAUCUUUGUUCCCCUGUGAGGGCAGUAUUGCCAUGGCUACUUUCUCCCCAGCAGUGCUGCUCCAGAGCUGCUUCAAGGGCUGGUGCUGGUGGUCACUUCUUGACCCUGCUAAGAAAAGUCAAGAUUUCACCAUUUUUUGAGCUACUGUGUGGUACUGGAAGUGGAAGGAUGGAGCACAGGCAGGGCAUUACCCAGUGUGGACCUGGGUCAGGUCUCACCCUGUGUGGACCUGUUGUUCUACUGCAGCCCCCAGGAGAGGCUGAGCAAUGCUGACCAGGCAUGGCAGGUCCUGGAAGUGGUGUGAGCAUAGACAGGAGGCAAGAGCUGAAGGAGUCGGGUAGUUGGGUGAUGUUCACCAGGUCAGAUGUGUUGAAAAGGGAGAUGCUGCAGAAUGAGCGUGAGGAGGGGGGGGCACCAGCAUGAGGCUGCAGUGGGGCACCAGGGUGGUGCCACCAAGGAGGGUGCAGGGGUGGUGAUGCCCACUGUGCUGCCAAGGGAAAGUGCAAUAGGAGGGGUGGUGCCAUUAGGGUGAGGGAGAAUGGCUGUGGUGUCAUGAGUGUGGAGGGGAACAGAUGCACAGCCAUGGGUGGGUGUUGAUCACAAGCUACACCAGAUAGGUGCCAAGUGAUGGGGGGUGGUGGGUAGGUGUGUGCUGUGCUGCCCCGUGCUGGGGCUGGUGAGGAGGGCUGGGUAGACCAUGUCAUAAAUACAAAAGGUGGUGCGGGUUGCUUGAAGAGGUGAGAAGCUCCACCUUGGUGUGGCACCAGCCACUUCCCAGGGCUCCAUGGCCUUUUCAAGCACUGGAGGGUCCUUUGUGGCCAGAUGGGCAGGGGACCUCCAGCCAUGCACCCAGCCUGCUGGCCUAGGACACCUGGAUGGGGACACAGCUAGGGACAGCACGGGGGUUUGGAGAAUUUGGGAAAUCCCCCUUUUUGCAGGCAGGUUUGUUCACUCCUGUUUGUCAACCCUGGCGAGGUUCUGGCCUCUUCCCAGCCGGCACUGAACUCUCAAUAGACAUGAAAGCCAUAUUUGUAGGGAGCUCUGGUGGUGCCGAGGGGCAGCGGCGGGGCAGGGCAGAGGAAGGUCUGUGUUGUUGUGCUGUGUUCUUGUCUGUACAUAAAAGGGAGACAACGAAUGUGGAUGUGACUUUAUAACCUUUCUAAUAUCCUGUGCUAAUCUCGGAAAAAUAAUCCUAUAAAUAUAUCUGGAUUACACACCUUAA